AUGGCGGUUUUGACCCGUGGUGAAAGAGAAUUCAGAGAGCAUCUUGAUGCGCAUGAACGAGAAGGUGGUAUGCCACUUGAAGUCCUUCAGGGACUUUUGCAUAAUUCAAGCAUUUCCCCUGCUAGAACAAAACAAUUUUUCAAGAAGGCGGAUCUUAACAGGGAUGAACGUGUUAAUUACGAUGAAUUUCUCCGUCAGAUAAUGUUUGAAGACAGCCAAUUUUUGCAUAAAUUGGCUUUCGGGAAACGCGCACUAAAUAGAGCUGUUAUCGCAGUGGCUCCACAAAUGGCUCGACGGAAACAACGAAUUCAGAUGCAAAAGAAUGGCAUUGACGAAACCGAUCUCUAUAACUGGGGCGAAGAAAAUGUUAAUAAUUAUGUCGAGGCUUACGAUUGCCGACCUCCACCUAUCUUUAUUCCACUUAUCACUCUCUCUCAGAUUGUGGUUUUUGUUUAUUACGCAAUUGUGGCGUCUCAAGACGACAAUCCUUAUAAUGACGUGACAGCUACAUCGGGAGUGCCAAUGAGAAGUCCUCUCAUCUACUUGCCAACCAAGCGAUACCAGGCCUGGCGUUUCGUCUCCUACAUGUUUAUUCACAACGGAUACUACCAUCUCAUCUUCAAUUGUAUCCUUCAGUUUGUUCUCGGCACCUUCCUUGAACUUGUGCACAAAUUCUGGCGUGUUGGCAUCGUCUAUCUUCUUGGCGUUUUGGCUGGUUCGUUGGCUCACUCCGUCAGUGAUCCCUUCCUUGCCUUGGCUGGAGCUAGUGGAGGAUGUUACGCGCUAAUUGGUGCUCAUGUUGCUACAAUUAUCACGAACUGGAAGACUAUGCAGGCGAAUUGGCUCAAAACCCCAUUGAAUUUCCUUUCAAGUGGAGCUGUGCGUUUAUUCAUCAUUCUUCUCAUUGCUGGUGUCGAUACAGGUUUCGCCAUCUACGAGCGUUUCAACAACCCCAGUGAAUCAAAAGUGGGCUUCGCAUCACACUUAGGCGGAUUUGCUGCUGGAGUACUAGUCGGAGUGCCAGUCCUGCGGAAUUUGGAAAUAGAGCGGUGGGAAAAAGUGUGUUUCUGGAUUUGUGUCUUCCUCUUUGCCGUCUUCAUGUCAGCAGCGGUCUUAUUUAAUGGAUUCUGUGAAGAACAGGGCUGGUGUCCCCCCACUGUUUGGAGUUGA